AUUAGCAAUAUGUGGGCAAUACGGGUGUAGCGGUUUAAGUAGGACAGACUUCGGAUGUAUUUAGUGCUUCAAUGUCAAAUAUAUGUCCGCGUUUGAUAGACUAUUUUGUACUGGUUGGUUCGCGAUUACCUGGGAACGCAUGCUCAGUGCAGUCUCCCGAGAUUCUUUGUCGAUUUCCUCCCACAAACCACAAGGAUUUCCCUCUUCCUACAGAUGUGUCUUUCUUUUGUCAGCCAGAAGGAUGUAUUAAUACUUCCAGCAACACAUUCCCUAUAAAAUCUUUGGAUAAUAACCUCAAUGGGAUAAAAUCAAUGACAUUUUUAUUUUCUCUAACUGAUAAGGAUUCCAGUAAAACACGGUAUGGUAUUUGCACCAACUUCUUCAGAUCAGUCAACCCUAGAAGUGUGAGUAAAACUACGUAUCCAAAUGGCAGGGAAGGCACACGUUUCGGCGACGUAUCUGGUAAUGGACUAGUUCCAUGUUCGAAUGAAAGUAUCCAGGAUAAAUUCUUACUAUCUGGAAAACUAAAAAAUACAAAUAAUGUCUAUAGCUUAACGUCAAUCUGUUUAAUCACUCAUUAUCCUUUUGCUACAACGUUUGCACGGCUUGUGCAAUGUGUACAUGUAAUUUUAAAGAAGCUACACAAAUUGUCAAAACCCAGCUGUGUGGAAAGUCCAGAUAUAUGGGAUGUAUUGACAAGUAAUAUUACACUAUCAUGCUCUUAUCCUGUUGUGGAAAGCACACGUCAGUUCCAAUGUUGGAUUCUCCGGCUUCUCAGUGCACCUGCACCAAUUCCUGGCUGUACAUGUGUAUAUCUUUCAGUUCAACCGCAAACCUUAGGUUCACCUUUGUGUUUUGCUCUUCCUGAUCAAUCACGUCUUCCUUUGGUUGAUUUUCCUGUGAAUCUGCCUUUUGAAAUUAUGGGUAUCAGGAAAACUUUUCGUUUAAUUAUGUGUCUUCUAUUGGAACAAAAAGUGGUUUUACAAUCAUCUGAUUAUAACAAGUUAUCCUUAACAAUUUUAUCAUUGGUUGCAUUACUCUAUCCACUUCAAUAUAUGUUCCCAGUUAUUCCUCUUCUGCCUGCAUGUAUGCCUGAUGCAGAACAGCUUUUAUUAGCGCCUACACCCUAUUUAAUCGGUGUUCCAACAGCAUUUUAUACUGCACGGAAAAUUUUUCGUAUGCCUAAAGAUGUUUGGUUGGCUGAUUUGGAUACUUGUGAAUUAUCUUAUCCUAUGGUGGUCGAUGAAAUACCAGAGUUACCUGAAAUAGAAAGUAACAUUCUUAUUAAUCAUUUAAAAAAGUUACUUCAUGAAUUUUCAAGUUCACCUCAUAUUGAUUUGGAUUUGGAUGAUUCUUCGAAACAUUGGCCUGUUUCUGUAGCACGUACAACUGCAUUUGAGUUAUCGAAAUUUGAUCCUUUAUUGUAUACACUCACAAAAGAUUCUGUUGAUGUCGGUAUACGUGUAUCUAUGAUUCUCUUCUUCAAUACAAACAACAUUCUUGGUGGAUUUACUAAUCAUAUACGUACUUUACGUUUAUUUCCUCGGCCAGUCGUUGCAUUUCAGUAUGAAAGCUUUAUGAAGUCUCGUCCAAAGCCAUGUUUGUUCACUAGCAUGCUUGCGAAAACUCAGGCUGUAGAAUAUUUUGCUGAAUCUUCAAUUUGUGCACAGAAUGAAGCCUAUCAACGUAUCUGUUCAGGAGUUUAUUCCACAGAAUUAAUUGGUGAUAAGUUAUACUGGUAUAAAAAUCAAUUAAAACCAGUGUAUUUUGAUUGUUGUGACAAAUUAAUCGAUUAUGCCAAUGUUACAGGUACUAAUGCACCCAUAUCAAAUCAAUCAUCUCCCAGUCUCAAGCUAUCCUUAUCAAAUUCCAACCAGUUAAUGUUAUUUCAAGCUUUUGAAUUAGCAAAACGUAUUAUAAAUAGACGUUGUUCUGGUGAUAUAAGUACAGAGAUUGAUACAGAUAGCAUAAAUAAUGAUACGAAUAAUUUAUCGAGUGAUGAUCAAACCAAUGAUUUUAUUGGUAUGUUUAAAACCUAUUCCGAUGACUCUGACUCAAAUCAUUCUUAUGAAACCGUUGUGUCAAAUCGUACAUUAUCGAAAGAGAUGGAAGAUUGUAUUUCAGUUCAAGCAAAUAAACCAUUGCCUGAUUGUCUAACUGAAUUUUACACUCCACCAACAGAGUUAGUUUAUAGCAAAGAACCUAAUACUACACGUUGUAGUCUAUCAUUGGAAACUGCCGAAAGUACAUUGUCGAAUUUCUGGAAUCAAUCUACUGUGAUAUCGUCCGAUUCCAGGAAUAUUAAUGAACAACUGAUAAAUACGAACACUGGAAUACAGUCUUUAGGAGUUCCUAAUUCAGGAAGUGGUACGCUAACUAGAUCGUCAUCAAUUUCAUCGAGACGUUCAACAAACGAUACUUUACAUCUUGUAUCUCGUUUAUCCUCCUCUAUUUUUGUAGGCAAUGGUAAUGAUUCGAAAAAAACCUCUACAGUAACAUCAAAUAGUUUUGGUGAUGAUAAUUUGAGUUGGGAUACAUCUGUUACUUUAUUAUUUGGUGAUUUGUUAAAAUCAAACCGUCUUCGAAGUUUAGCAUUUAAAGAUGUUCCUCUUUCUGCUUUACAAAUGCAUAAAAAACGAUUGGAAAAUGAACGUACAAUAAUCGAUUUAUCAAAAUCCAUUAAACAAGGUCGAAUACCAAAUAUAUUUUCACGUAAUCAAAUUAACACAUUAUUACAAGAUGAGAAUUAUCGAAAUCUAUUAAUUGCUCGUAUAAAUGAUAAUCUCUCAAAAGAUGUCCUACCAAAUCAAUUGCAUAUUGAUAAUGUGCCUAUUCAACAGUGGGAUCAAUAUAAAGCAAUUUUAUGGACGCUUAAACAAAUGAUCAAUGGUUUAGAAUAUAGUUUUCGACCGGAUAUUGUAUUCCCAACUACAAAUCAAUAUGAUCGCAUUACUAGAGAUAAAUCACCAUCGUCAAAUAUUCCAAAUCCAUUGAGUAACACUAGUUGGUUAUCCUAUUCUACUGGUAUUUUAAAAAGUGGUGGUUUGGCGUCGGCGUUUAUGCUUAUGGAAGUUGCACAUACACAUUUCUAUCGGUUGCCUAAUCGAACAGGUCACAUAGAUAAUAAUCAUGAUGAAAAAUUCUUUUGGAAUAGCAUGCCAACUACACCCACAACGGAAUUGAGGUCACCUAUACCAGGAAGAAGAUUAGUUGGUAAUGAUAUUUCUUCAGUUCGAUAUCAAAAUAAUCAAUUAGAUUUAUCGGAUUGUGAAUCAUACAGUAGAAAAGGUUCAAAACUAGUUUCAAAUUCUAAUUCAAUACCUCCUUAUGGAUAUUCUAUAGAUUCAUCUGUAUUACAACCAUCAUAUUGCAUAACUUCACCCACAAAACAUCAUCAUCAAAGAUAUCAGAAAAUGUCAUCUUUUAAUCAUUCACAAUCACCGGAUAUCAGUAAUAUCACUAACACAACCACUACCUCUACCGAUACUACUACCAAUACUACUGAUUUAACCAAUAGUCAAUUAUCGAAAUCAUUACAUUUAUUAGAAAAUACAUUUGAAUUAACUAAUGUUUCGAAUAAAUUAAUUUUAUUCAAAACAAAACUUGAUUAUUCUAAUCAACAAUUCAAUGAUCUAUAUAAUAGUGUAUCAUCAAAAUUAUUAAAAAAUUUAAAGAAAUCACCUUUUCAAAAUUCAACAAAUACAAUGGGAAAUCAUAUCAUCAACGAUCAUCUUGAGGAUGAUAAUGUUGAUCACAAUUCUAAUGAUCUAUUAUUAAAGCAUCAAACUAUUGUGACAGAUUCAUCUUCACCUCAAACUAUACCUUAUAUUAAUUCACCAUUUAUUAUUAGGGGUAUACAUAUAAUGCAUCAUAGUAAAACAUUUGAUCAUAAACUAUUUCGUGGUCAUGGUCGUCAUCAAUUUACCAAUGUUAUUGUUACAAUGAGUGAACCAUCAUCAGAUAGAGAAGAUAAUGAACAAAUUCAAUCAAAACCUAUGUUUAAAUCAGAUAGUACUGAUAUUAUUAAACACAAUAUUCAACCAUUGAAUAAUGCAAACAACACCAUCAAUAUUGGUCAUACUGGGAGUUGCCUCACAGUGAAUCGACAUAAUGAAUGUGAAAAAUUCGAUAAAUUGUUUGCUUCGGAUGCCAAACUACAUGAAUCAAUUAAUAAAUUAAAACCACAUCGUGAUAAUGAGAAUGACGUCAACGAUGAUGAUAUACCGCCAGAUUAUGUACCGGAAUUGCCUAAUCGUAAAAGUCAACGAAGUUUUGGCUACAGAUAUUACCAAUCACAUUUAAUUUUAACGGAUCCAUCAAUCACAUCAAGUUCAUCUGAUGAUACAGACGAUCAAACCCCAUGUACAAUAUUUACUUCUUCACCGAAUGCAUGCACACCACCAGCAGUUUAUCGUCCUGACUUAAAAUUUCAUUUUAAUGAUACUGAAUCAGAAAAUGAAGAUAUAGAUAAUAAACAUCAACAACAAAUAGAGAUAGAACAACGAAGAAAACAAUCAGAAUGUCAUAUGUGUAAACUAACUUUGCUGAUACCAACUCCACCUCCACCAAAUUCAUCAUCAGUCAUGACAGUAUCUCCAUCUAAGAUGAAGAAAGUACCAUGGACUUACUUAUUUGAAGAUGUUUUCGAUACUGAAUGGCAUAAAAGUAAAAUAUUGGGUAAUCUACAAUUUUGGGAAGAUUCCUUUUUAGAUACAGUUGCACAAGAACGAGAUAUACUUGGUAUGGAUUUUCGACCAAAAGAACUUUUAUUAAAAUAUCAAAAUGCUUCUUUAUUAAAACGUAAACAAAUGGAAUUAGAAGAAGAUUGUUUAUUAGUAAAUAUAAUGCAUAAUAUGAUUGCAUUUAUGCUAAUGGCUAAUGUGGAUCGUAUAUCUAUACGUAAAAAAUUACAACGUUUAUUAGCUAAAAGUCAUACAGGUUUACAUUAUUCACGAAAAAUUAAUGAUUUAUUAAAUUCAUUGAAUUAUUUAAAUGGGAACGAUAUCGAUUUAAAUGUGGCUCAAAGUCGUUUUAUUGUACAGCGUUCACAUGAAGCCUAUCGUGGUUCAGAUGAGAGUGGUGAACUAAUAUUUCUUGAAGUUUGUUCUGAUUAUCUAUUAAUUCGUAAUUUAUCUGGACGUAUAUUAGAACGUUUAUGGUAUGAUCAAGUGAUCAAUUUAACGUAUAGAUCACAUACGCAUAUAUUAUGCAUUACAAGACAAAUAUUUGAUCAUUCACAAAUGGAUUUAUUUUAUACUCGUAAAUCUCGUUUAGUUUAUCAACAGAUCAAAGAAUCAAUGAAAAAUAUAUCUGUAGAAGCUUCACAUGGAAUAUUAAAUGGUGAUUUGAACGGUGAGAUUAACGCAACUAAUUUGGACAACAAUCAACCUGGUACUAUUAGUAUCUUAUCAGAUGGAUUCGUUAUCAAAUUCGGUGAUGAGCAGAAAUUCAUCAAAUUACAUAAUGUUAAACGUUGUUGCACAAUAAAAUCAGAAAUAUUUACGAUUGAUGUCUACGAUCAAGAGAAGAAAGCAAUGAUCACUUAUCGAUUUCAAACGGAUAUGACAACUCAUUUAUUUCAAAAUUUUGUAUCACUUUUCUCAAUGUCAUCAUCAUCCUCAUCAUUUCAGUAAUUCAUUUACUCUGUAAUAAUUCGAAAAUAAUCAAAAUAAAUCAAUGAUGUCAUAGCAACUAAUCAUAAUACAUUGGGAUACAUACAAAGGAAAUAACAUUUUUGUUGUUGUUGCUUGUUAUUGUUCCCAAAUCAAUUCUCUAUGUACAUGUGAUGAAUGUAUUUUAAAUGUUCUCCUCCUGUAUUUUAUUCUUAUUCAACAGUGUUAAUUGUCUUCCUUAUAAUAUACACAUUUGAAUAUUCUUUCAUUCCUUGUAGAUGUUGUGAUCAUGAGUAUGUGUAUGUGUAUGUGUGUGUAUUUCUUCUCUACUUUAUACUUACAUAACUUACUUUAGAUUGAAUGAAGAAAACAAUGUUGUAUACAUUUUGGUUUCUAUCACAUUUUAUUUUAUGUAUCACAAGUGAAAGUGAUCGAAUUUCCUCUAUUGUAUUUUAUUGUUUCAGUGCCUGUUGUCGUUAUUCAAUUGUAUUGACAAUUGAUUAUCAUUACUUACGUAUGCCUGUUACUCCUUGUGGAGGAGCAUUAAUCGCCUAUCAGCAUUCUCCAUCCAACCCUAUCCUGGACAAUUCUUUCUAAUUGUUAUUCAUCCUUUUCAUAUCUGCUUUGAUUUCCCGACAUAAUGAUCAUUAAUACAAUCAUUAUUAUAGUUCAGGUUAUCUGUUUAAAAUCAUUUCAAAAGAUACCAUUUCAUUAUAGAUUUUCUAUUAUUCACAAUUAUCUAUAUAAUGUUACAAAUGUCUUUUUCCUCUUAGCUUCAUUUACUUUGUAUAAGUUAUUAGUUUCCUAUUUGAUAUUUCUAAUUCAUUAUCACUGUGAUAUUUAUAUCCUUUAUCAAUUAGUCUUUCCUUAAUAUCAUUCUCACUAUUAACAAUGAUACAGUUAUUGUUUUGUGAUUGUUGAUGAUCAAUUUCCUUCUUGUUCUCUCCCUCUUUACGAUUCAUUAUUAUCUUUAUAACUAAAGAUGAAAUAUUGAUAUAAUUUUCUGAAUUGUUCAUUAGAAAUUUCUUUAUGUUCUUGUCUUUUAUUUCAUUAAUAAAAUGGUAAUGGUAAGAUUUGUUUAGUUAUAUUUUGCUAAAUCUACACUCUAUUCUUAUUCAUAUCACUUUGUAAUCUGUGUGUUAAUAUUGAUAUAGUAAUUUGAACGGAUUUAUUUUACGUAUAUACAUACGAUAUUCUACGUUGUUACUGACUGAUUAACAUCAUUUUCACAUACACAUUCCUUGUUGUAUAUGUCAAUUUGUUUGAAAAAUGACUUUUCAUCGGUAUUAUUAUCAGUCGUAAUAUUGCUUAUUUGUUCUAGUUUUCUUAAUGUAAAAAUUUCGAUCAUUUGUUAUAAUACAAUUUGAUUGAAC